AUGCAGAAUGCUAGGCAGGAGUAGGGAAUGAAUUUUUUUGGGAAAACAAUAGCCUUCAUACUAGUAGAGAAACAAUGGACUUGGAAUUUUAAUUACCCGUUAGUAGAGUGUUGAUUGGAUCUAACGUAAAAGACUUAAUUAUUUUUAAUAGUGGACCUGAAUGUAAUUUAGUUAGAGGAUGACUUUGGAGAGAUUAAAUUUGGAAUACUUAUAACCCUUAAGUCAGUUCUCUAAGACUAAUUAGGAAAUAUUUCAAAUUGA